AUGACGGUGGAGCGCUGUGUAGAUCCUACCACCAAUAAGAUAACCCUCAGUCGUGAGGCAAAAUUUAUCGAAAUGGAGGAUUUCGAACAUGAUGCGUUUAAUUGUUCUAAAAAGACGAAUCCUCAAAUUGUUGAGUGCGAAAUCGACGACGAUUUGCCUUUCGAUGACGAUUCCGAUUUCGAUGACGAUGUCGGUGAUCGUCUAGAAUCUGAAGAAGAAGACAGCACAGAUAAAACUCUAGUUGAGGAGGAGCUAAUGGAUACGGAUUCCAGUAUGUGCGAUACUACGAACGAAGAUGACGGUGUUGAUGAACACACUCUCGAAAGGGCAGCAGAGCUGACGGUUCGACGAUCAUCCCGUAGCACAAAGGGUGUACCACCUCAACGUUUCCGAGAAACAACUGGAAUGGUAAGAAUAUCCUCAAAUGAAAGAAUUUUAAUCACUCAGGAGUAUUGCGAGCCCCGUACAUUUGAAGAAGCCAUGAGUUGCCCAGAUCGAGACUUGUGGAAGCGUACAAUGGAGGAGGAGAUCAAGUCCUUGCACGAAAAUGCCACAUGGGAAAUCGCUUCUUUGCAAAAGAUCGCAAAGCUGUGGGCAGUAAGUGGGUUUUAAAAGAAAGAUGGACGGUGACGGCAAAGUAGUCCAAUACAAGGCAAGACUUGUUCCAAAAGGAUUCAGCCAAGUGUAUGGUGCGGACUAUGACGAAGUUUUUGCCCCCGUGGCGAAGCAGACCACUUUUCGCACGUUGUUAUCAAUCGCUGCAACAAGAAAGUUGAUUGUGAAACAUGUGGACGUUAAGUCGGCAUACUUGUAUGGAAACCUGGCAGAGACGAUCUAUAUGAAACAACCGACUGGAUUUGAAAUUGGUUCAAAAAAUGACGUGUGUCCGCUGAAAAAGAGUUUAUAUGGUUUAAAGCAAGCAGGAAGAGUAUGGAUCCAAGCCCUGAAAUCCGAACCGAAAUGCUCAUUAUAACCGAAGUGCUUCGGAGUUUGGGGUACCAUUCUUCAGAAGCAGAUCCUUGUCUGUUUGUGAAGAACAAGCGUGAUCGAUGGUCAUUCAUACUUGUUGUGGUCCGAUCGAACUUAGCCAUUCUGUUCACCUGGGUGUGCCACUUAUCGAUAGCAGUCGACGGCUUCCGUAUGAUGUGUGCGUAGAAGGUUGUGCGUGAGUUACAGGACGCUGACCAGAGCAUUGAGAGAGAUAGUGCAUGCAGUGAGUAUUUCUCAUUCGUGCGGCUGAGCUAGGGCAGAUAGGAUUAACACGGGCCCGUGGAAUAGUAUUGUAUAAUUAGGGAAUAAAGGUUUUAUAUGUUAUGUCGAUGCAAAGAAAUCGUCUUCGUCGUUGUAGUUACGUCCAUGCUUCUUCUUCUUCUUUGGCUCAACAACCGAUGUCGGUCAAGGCCUGGCUGUACCCACUUGUGGGCUAGGCUUUCAGUGACUAAUUGAUUCCCCCCAUAGCAGGAUAGUCAGUCCUACGUAUGGCGGCGCGGUCCAUUUGGGGAUUGAACCCAUGACGGGCAUGUUGUUAAGUCGUACGAGUUGACGACUGUACUACGAGACCGGCUCAAAAGUUACGUCCAUGCAUCCGACAUAAAAAUACUGUUGCAUGUGGAUGACAUGCUUGUUGCUUGC